AUUGUGUCUGACGGUCUGAGCUUUCGCAGUUUUGUGGGAUCUGUUCGUUGAUUUUGUAUUCAUUAGCAUUACAAUAAAGUACAGUAUUUAGUUUGUAAAAAUUGGAAAAAAUAUUUUCACUAUGAAAUUUUAAUUCGCUUGAUUUUAUUUUGAACAAUGGAAAAUAAACAAACUUUUAUGUAUACAGAAUAUUUAUCUUUUCAAAUUCGAAUACAACAUGGGUGUUCAAAUCAUGGCUGAAUUGUCAAUUGUCUUGAAGGUUAUGGAUAGUCAGAAAAGCAAACCUUCCACAACGGGUACAAGGCUUUUAUGGUAUUAACAGAACGGUAAAUAUUAGUUUGGAAGUUUUACAGAAUACAGUACAUCUCAUGUUACAGCAAAGAUGACACAUGUUACUAGAAAAUGGGAAUUGUUUCCUGGAAGGAACAAGUUUUGCUGUGAUGGAAGAAUUAUGAUGGCUCCUCAAACUAGUGUAUUUUUUGUGACAGUUGGACUUAUAGUUGGAACAUGUUCACUGUUUUUCAUUUUCGAUUGUCCUUUCCUGGCCAUGCGCAUUACUCCUGCUAUCCCUGCAGUGGGUGCACUGCUGUUUGUGUUUGUCAUGUCGGCACUCCUGCGCACGAGUUUCAGUGAUCCAGGCGUCAUCCCUCGAGCAACACCUGAUGAAGCCGCUUACAUCGAGAAACAAAUCGAAGUGUCUAACAGUGCCAACUCACCGACGUUCCGGCCUCCACCUCGUACUAAGGAAAUCCUGGUUAAGGGGCAGACCGUCAAGCUCAAGUACUGCUUCACGUGCAAGAUCUUCAGACCACCACGUGCCUCACACUGCAGCCUCUGUGACAACUGCGUUGAGAGGUUUGACCACCAUUGUCCGUGGGUGGGGAACUGUGUCGGUAAACGAAACUAUCGAUACUUUUAUAUGUUCAUCGUAUCUCUAGCGUUCCUAUGUGUCUUCAUCCUCGGAUGUUCUCUCACACACCUAAUACUUUUAACGAAAGAUGACCGACUCUUCUUUGAUGCUGUGAAGGAAUCACCAUCGAGUGUGAUCGUUGUCGUUGUGUGUUUCUUCAGCGUUUGGAGUGUCUUGGGGUUGGCUGGAUUUCACACGUAUCUCACCACCUCCAACCAGACUACCAACGAAGAUAUAAAAGGAGCUUUCGCGUCGAAGCGAGGUCAGGCCAGUUUCAAUCCGUACAGUUACGGGAAUGUCUGCUCCAACUGCUGUCACGUCUUAUGUGCUCCCUCCCCUCCCAGCCUCAUCGACCGCAGGGGCCUGGUGACCACCGAGUUCCUAGGAGAGGCCGACACAAGACCAGGUGCGGUCAUUGUCAACAGUCGGACGUACGGCUCUCUGCCACAGGUCAUUCAGAAUGGUGUGACUGUGGGGGAGGGUAGUCCAGAGGCGGGCAGUCCGACCACACCUCCCACCACUCCUCCUGCCCCCACCAACUUACCUGCUGUCUGCAGUGCUGUGGCACCAUCUAUCAAUGGUAGUGACAGCAGCAGUGAGGUGCCAGGGAUCUAUGAGAGUGUUGUUGGCGAUUGUGGGGCAGUAGUGGACCAGGAUCCACCCAAGGUCGACCUGUCUGAGCUAGACUUGUACCUGGACGAUGUGGUGGUCUCUGUCGGCCUGGAACCUGAUACAACCUCGCUAGUACCUCUGUCGGCCAGUAGACUGCGGUUACUGCAGGACACCACCAUGAUAGAGUCUGCCCUUGACCUUGAUUCCCUGGAGGAGUCUACAUCCUCUGUCGGAGCCGGUAGUCAGGCAGGACUCAUCAAGAAGAAGGACACGUUUUGAUUCUGCAGUUACGAACACAUUUAGGACAGAAUGCUGCUCACCAAACUUCUCAUACUACUGUCUAAUUAUCCGUUUGUGAUAUCACAACACAAGUUUAUUCUUUUGUACUUUCCUGUAAUGAUGCUAUAGUAAGUACUGGCAGUUGAGUUAAUUUAUCAUAGUUUGUUUUAUGUGGUACAUUUUAUAAAUACAGUGUUAAUGAUAUUUUUUCACAUUGAGCUAUUUAGCAUUGUAUGCUAGCCAAAGUCUACUAGUUUUAAAACAAAACUUUACUAGAUAAAAAUUUAUAUGGAUUUAAUAUUAAUUUCACUAGACAAAAGUAGAACAUUUCUAUGUUAUCAAUUAAUUAAUUCAAAUAAUGAUCUUACUUAAGAAAUGUCAGCUUCAUCAAUACACACCCACCUAAUUUGAAUUUUAAAACUGGACAAGCUAUCAAUCAAAAAGUUUAAUGCAAAUAAAUAAAGUAACAACAGUAAAUUUUAGUACAUCACAAGUCAUUAUCUCAGACAGUUAAUUUAUCAAUUAUAUUCUGGAAAUGAUAUUGCUAAUUUUUGUUCAAUAAGAGACUGAAGCCGAGGUCUAUGACUGGGCCAUUAGAGACAAUACCAAUUUACAACAUUGUGUGAUUAGAGAAGGUAAAAUAGAUGUUUAGAACGAUUAUUUCUGAGAAUGAUUCAGUUUGGCCAACUUGACUACCAUAAAUCUCAUGCUUAAGAAAACUGCAAUAAAUAAUAAUUGUUCUCUAUGUUUUGUUAAAUUAAAGUGUUUGGUAUUUCUAUAUUUACUAUAAAUACACAACUGCAUUCUAAUCAGGAAAGAUUAACAAAAAUUAAAUAACCGCACUGUUAAAAUAUUUUAUUGGUCUCGCAUUACUUUUAGUUUUGUCAGCCAAUACACUAACUUUUUUCUAUUGUUAUGUAUUGUUGAGCUGUGUUUGUCACAGACUUAUGAUUGUUAAAAAAAGUUUAGUUUUUGUCUGGGAUGUUAAAAUUAAACAUCUGUUUAUUGAUCUCUAUUGUGGACAUUCUGAACAGGUAAGAUUAUCAUAUUUGUUAUAGAUUUCUUAUACAUCUCAAAGUCUAAUAAAGUACAAGGGUUAUUCCGGGACUGAUUUAAAAAAGCAAAUUUAUUUGAUAAAGUUACAUUAGAUUUUGUCUCUGCCAAAGUGCUUUCUUAAGGAGGUUUUUCCAAUGUUGCCUCACUAUUAGGAAGAUCCUUUGAGUUCAUCUGUUAUGUUAUGCUGUUCAGCUUCAAUGGUUUUUCUUUAAUUUUGCCAUCAGAGAUAAAUCUACACCCUGUCAAGGGCUCAUGAAUGCACAGAUUCAAUUCUGCGGAACAAACUUUCCUUUAGACUUGAGUUCAUUGGAAUAUUGCCAUUAUUA